AUGAUAUCCAAUGAAUUUGUACUAGAGCUCAUUAUAAAGACAUUACAAGACUUAAACUAUGGAGAUAUUUCUGAUCAAUUAUUAACUACUAUAAGACAACAACAACAGCAGCAACAGCAAUCUGCAACCACCGUAACAGCUUCUACCCCUGAAUAUUCACAAAUUAUCGAUUGGUUCUUUACUGGAUUAAAAUCAGGUGAUUAUGAUUCAUUAAAUAAAUAUCUUACAUCUAUAAUUAAUAAUGAACAUUCAGAAUCAGAUGAAUUUAUUGCUUUAUUAAAUUAUCAAGGAUCAAAUGUUAAAUCAUUGCUAGUUUUGAUAUUAUAUCUUAUUAGAAGAAUUCAAUUCUUAGAUACAAUAUUCAAUACAACUACAACUACCACCACCCCUGGGAAUAUUCCUUCAAUCGAUGAUAAAUUACAAUUCUUAUCUACUAGCCUAAUUCCAUUAUUGGAUGAAAUAUCAAUCGAUGCCGAAUUUAGUCACUGUUUUGAUUAUCAAAUAUUACAACAAUUGAAUAGACAACAAGAAUCAAGUUUAUUAUUAGGAUUAGUACAAGAUAAACCAAUCUUAAAUUCAAAGUAUCUAUUUGGUUAUAAACUUGAUGAAGAUGAUACUGUAGGUAAAAAUAAUUUAGGAAUGUUUCCACAAUUAUUAUUUAAAGAUUUAUUUGUCAUGAAUCAACAACUGAUUUUCAAUCAAGUUUCUAGAAUUCCUAAAAAUUAUUUACAUACUUUAAUUGAACAAGCUAUAAAAUAUCAACAAUCACAAUUUCCUAAUUAUUUACCUCCAAGAACAUUACAAGAAAAGAGAAAAAUCAAUCAACAUGAAGUUCUUUCAUUACCAUUAGAUGUAGAAAAUUUCCAAGGAACUAGAUUUUCCAAUAAUGGACAAUUACUACAUACAUUAAAUCAACAUACUAAUGAAGUUUGGUUUGUUAAAUUUUCUCCCAGUGGAAGAUUUUUGGUUUCAGGUUCAUUAGAUGGUAAAUUAAUCUUAUAUGAUGUAUUAGACAAUUUCAAAUUAAUUAAAAUCUUAGAACCUACAACAGCAGCCGAUAAUUCUGCAUUCAUCCCCCUUUCAACAAGACCAAAUAGUAAUGGCAAGAAAAAAGCCGUCAUUUAUUGUUGUUGGGAUCCAAAUGAACAAUAUAUCGUAAGUUGUUGUUUAGAUACCGUGGUAAGAAUCUGGUCAGUGGCAGGAAUUCAUCAUAACAAAAAGAGAAUAACUAGAAGUACUAGUGUUGGUUCUGGUAGUGCGAUAGAUCCUAUGUCUGAUAAUGCAUUUAAAUUAAUUGUUUGUUUUACUUUGGGUCAAGAUAUAAAAACCUGGACUUGUGAAUUCUUACCUGAAAUUAAACCAACUGGGAAAAUCGAAUCUAAUGAAUCUCCUCAAUUCAUAAUUGGAUCUCCUGAUAAAGUUUUGAAAGCAUAUAAUUGUGAAGGAGUUGAAUUAUUUGAUUUUUAUGGAAAUAUAGAAGAUGAGGAUGAAGAUGAGGAUGAUGAAGAUGAAGAUGGGAUGAUGUUACAACAUGAAGAUUCUAUGAAAGAGGAUUCACUGUUGCUGCUUCAACAGCAAGCUGCCAAAAAGGAUGAUGAUGUAACCAUGCAACCUGUCGAUGAAGCAACCGAUAGUAGUAGUCAACAUAAUAAUAACAAUGUUGCCAACACGUCCAAUUCAAUCAAGAAAACUCUUGAAAGUAAUUUCAAUAGGAUUAAUGAUUUAACCAUCACUCCGGAUGGGAAAAUGUUGAUAACGGCUAAUAAUGAUAAACAAUUACAUUUUUAUAAAAUUCCUGAUGUUUUAAAUGAAGAUUCUACAACUAGAAGAAUCGCCAGUAUAAAUCUAAAGGGAAGACUUACAUCUUGUUCAAUUUCCAAAAAUGGGAAAUAUUUAUUGUUAUCUAGUGCACCUGAAGAAUUACAAGUUUGGAAUAUUUCAAUUAUGCCACCGGUAUUAUAUCAUAAAUAUAUCGGACAUUCACAAUCUACAUAUAUUGUGAGAUCAUCAUUUGGAUAUUUAAAUGAAGAGACUGAAGAAGAAGAGUUGGUGUUGAGUGGGAGUGAUGAUGGAUAUGUUUAUUUCUGGAAAUUGCAUUCAGGUGCAUUGAUUUCCAGAAUUAAGGCUCAUAAUGGAUUAUGUAAUUGUGUUGAUUGGAAUUCUAAUGGUGGGUUUGUUGGUGGGAAAGAUUUUGGGAAAUUAUGGGCUAGUGCAGGUGAUGAUAAAUUAGUGAAAGUUUGGGGAGUCUAA